UACCAGCUUCAUAAUCAUUGGAUCUUGGAGUGAAAACAUACUGGAACAUUUUCUGAGAAAUAACCAGAUUACAACAAAAGAUGGCGCGGAGAUCACCUGGUAUCAUGCAGCUAACCACAAGGCUCAGAUGAAUGAGGCACUGAAAAAUGUUCUCUCGCAGAUGUUCGAAGAUCGGAUUUAUAAAGAAAUUCAUAAAGAAAGGCAGUAAUAGUGAAAACUAAAAGAAAAAAAAGAGGUAUUCGACUUACGUCAGAACUGAGUUACAACGGAGUGAUCGGUACUGGGAAGAAAUUCAACAGCCAAGCCAGACCUAGAAGUAUAUUUACUUAACUUCUCAGCACCUGUGUGCUCUACUCUACAAAGCACCGCUCACAUGAUAGAGGCUGAUAUCCUUCUUCCUGAUGACGAAUCAGAACAUGGCCAACCAGUCAUGGCCCAUCCUCCUGAAACAAGCAGUGAUAAUACUCUACAGGAGUGGCUGGCUGAAGUUGUGAAAAGCAAUAAAGGCAUCAAGCUGGAUUUCAAGAGUCUGGCAGCUGUAGAACCAUCCAUGACGCUCUUGGAAAAUGUGAAGAGGCAUCUGAUGCGUCCUGUGUGGAUUAACGCUGAUAUUCUUCCUGGUCCAAACGGAAGUGGCAAAGUAGUGGAUGCAAAACUAUUUAUAGACACUGUGACAUCCUUCUUUCCAGAUGUGACAUUUUCCCUGGGUUGGACAACAGGAUGGCAUCCUCAGAAAGUCAAUGAAGGUUACAGUUGGCCAAUGGUGGAGGAGAUGGAAUACAUAUGUCAUGAACUAAGUCAGCCCGUGACAUUUCCUGUCAGAGCAGCAUUAGUCAGACAGUCUUGUUCUCAGUUACUUUGGCUGUUAAAGAAAUCAGACAGGUACAGCCUGACCGUUUGGACUGGAAAAGAUGAUAACUAUUCCGUUGAAGAUUUGCUUUGCAUUAGAGACCAUUUUGACAAAAGCCAAGUUUUCUAUGACAUCUUGGAACCACAAAACUAUGAAUUUAAACAAGCUGUUGGAAUCAAAGUUAAUCUCUAAGAAGAAGGUUCUUAUAAAUUAUUUUACGUUUUGAUUUCAUAAGCUUUUUUUGCUUUGGUCUGAAUCAAUUACCAUAUAAAUUACGAUUGUUGAUUUAAGCUCCAAUUCAGCCAAUCAAAAAACACUUAUGAGUGCUCACUCUAUUAGGAAUAUGUCCUUAUAACAUUACACUUACCUAAAUGAAUUGCAAAGAAGAGAUUUCAGUCUAAUACAUAAUUAAUUAUUAAUCUAGUAGUUAAUAAAUUAAUAUAAUAAGCCAGGAAAAGUCUAACAAUAAUCUGGGAAAAGGCGCUCUGAAACCUUUAUAAAAAGUAAGUUUGAUUUACUGAAAAUGAUUGAAAGAAUCCAUGUGUCAUAGUAACUCAUGUAUGAAUACUUUUGCUGGCAUUUAUAUUACAGAGGUGCCACAAAAAUGUGGCAUAUGCUUUCCUUUUUUCUAGAGAACUGGUUAUUUCAAAAGAGUAAGAGGGCUUAAAAAUACUUUAAAACUUUCACAGGGGUGAGCAGCUUUUGCAUACAAAGAUCAAAUCCAUUUAUUGAAAACAGUAUAGAUUAAAUCGGAUGGAUCUAGAACUUCCAUGUUAUUGGGAAGCAUACUGGCAGCAAUAUAUGUUUUUGUAUCCUUUGUUUCUAUUAUAGUAUCUUUUUUAUAGUGAGCAAAAUACUCCCUGGAGAGCAGAGUUUUAAUCCUUGUAAUGUAUAAUUUGUUUUCCAAGUGUCUCACAACAUCACCAUAAUCCAGACUGGUGUUCUACUGGAAUCUCAUGAGCUACCCCUCAUGACUUCAUCUCUCACUCUCUACUCAGAGGUACCCUGAGUAUUUCUGUUAAACAAAACUUUCUUAAACACGUCUUUAUGCCAAGUCAGAAACCUCUAGGGGGCUUCUUCUUUUAUUGAAUUUUCCUCUUUCAAGAUCCUUUAUAAUGCAUUUCCACCCUAAGAGUCAACUUGAUGUCCUCCAACACAGCCCCCCAUUUCAAGAGUGCCGAUAAUAUCAAUGAUUUAUAGAUCUAACUUCAACAGUUAAUUUUACCUAUUUAAUUGUUCACUAAUGGUGCCAUGCAUGGUAUAUCUCCUCAGCUAAAUUAAAGUAUCUAAAAUAUUUUCUUAAGUACUCUUUUCAGGGCCUGGCAUAGUCCUGAGCAAGGCAUUCAGAAAAAACAUAUUGCUUCUUUGAUUUACUGAAAAUGUAAUUUACCAAUGAAUGUCCUAAGACAUGUAAUUUGUCUUUUGCUAAUCAUCCAUUUUUCUCCAAGAAUGAAGUGUUUCUAUGUAGAGAAAAGAGCUUGGGUCUUGAGGUCAGACAGACUUGGCUUUACAGCCCCACCUUUGUUCCUUACGAGUUCCGGAUUUUGGGAAAUAUUUAACCUCACUGAGUCUUGGUUUCCUCACCUAUAAAAUGGGGGGAAAAUAAGAAUUCCCUUAGGCUUGUUAUGAGGAUCAAGCGAGAUUCAUGUAAUAGAGGCAUCUAGUCAGUGCCCAGCAUGUACUGUGUCCUCGACAGAUAGUUAGUUCCCUUUCUUUUGUACUUACCAUGUCCAUGUAUAUUGAUAGGUAGACAGACAGGUAGGUAGAUAGACAAAGAGACAAUUAAGGGAUAUAAGAUGAAACAUUCAUAUAUAAAUACUUGAAGACAAUGACAGUAUUUCUGUUUUAAAUUUUAGCUUCAGCUGAAUGCAGUGUCAAAUAAUACCUAAAACUUUACUUUCUAUAGUUGUUUGCCAAAGACAAAAAGUGCAAUUUCAUAAUUAUAAGAACACAAUUUUAACAAAGGAUAACUUAAAAAAUACAGUAAAAAAUGUUUAAUUUAUGAAUUUUCUACAAUGACCAUGCAUUACUUUUGUAAAUAGACUUGAAU